UGGAUCUAAAGAUUUAGACCCAGUUUUUAUUUAUAUAGUAUUGUACACGGAUUAUAACUCGUUAUGCAAACCAUAGCAAGUACGAUCGAUUUAAAUUUUGAAAAUGGCAGGUAACGAGAUUUGAUCAAUAAUGCGUGGUACACCCGGUAUGGCUGAUCAAAUAUACGAGAUAUAAACCGAUCCAUGUGUUACAAAUACACAUACUGUAUAAUAUGAAAUAGAGCGCGGUGAUAUACAAGAUUUGUAAAUAACUGUGCAAAUAGAAUAAUCUCGGAUAUUUUGUUUCAUGUAUGUGAAAAGAGGGCAUAUAUGGUAAGUUUAUUAUGUGUGCGCUGACGACAAAGACGCCUUGGCAGACGACAUUUACGACACAGCCGAUAAAGCUUAUCUAAGAGUUCAGGAAAUACAUACCGGCGAAAAAUCCUGAUGUAUUACAAUGACAACUGAAUGAGGUCACGAGCAAAAGGUUCGGAAUGAGAAGAAAUAUUCCACGAAGUGACCUGCUACCUGCUCUGCAACCGGAUGAACAGGCUGGGACUUCAGAAAAUCUUGCAGCAGACGACGGAUGGAAUGUUUUCAGAUACAUCAAAGAGAAAUGGAAUCAGAUGGGAAGUUGGCGUUUCCCAGGUCUCUAUGACGACAUCAAAGCCGGAACGGGUAGAAACUUCAACAAUAAUGAACCACGCAGUGACGUAAAUAACGUUAACUUCCGGUACAGCGAUGGUUCCACGCCUCUCACGCGGGCGUUGAAGUCCAAUGAUCAAACAACGUUGGAAUACUUGCUAGAGGUACCAGGCAUUGACUUAGAGUUCCCAGAGAAAAUGGCUCAUGGACUUGGAUGUGUAUACAGCGAGCCGUGUAAACCGCCAUUGAUAGUGGCAGUAAAAACCGGUCACAUACAACUAGUCAAACUUCUACUGGACGCUGGAGCUAAUGUGAAUUCCACUGACGGAGAAAAAUAUUCAGUCUUGUACCACAGCGUUGACAGCGGGUAUACGGAAAUAACGCAGCUGUUGCUACAAUAUAGCCCCAUCCUAGAAUGCUCUCACGACUGUUACGAUCCUAUACACAUGGCAUGUCAGCACGGGAACUUGGAGAUUGUUAAAAUGCUAGUCACAGCUGGUUGUUGUAUUGACCCAGACAAAGUGGAAAGCUGUGUGUCUCCACUUCAAAAUGCGAUUGGAAAUUGUUCAGAAGAGAUAUGUUUGUACCUGUUAGAACAUGGUGCUGAUACUCAUAACAAAGGCAACUGUGAUACUGAACCUUUCCUUAGGAUGUGCCAAAUGGGACUUUCUAAAGUGGUCGAUUUUUGUGUUCACACCGGCUGUGAUAUCAAUAUGGUAUCUAAAGAUGGAAUGACAGCUCUUAUGUUGGCAACUAAACUGCAUAAUUAUGUUUUUCAAAGAUCUCUUCUGUUUGGAACUAAGAACAGCCAGUCAGAUAUUGAGAAGCUCGAACCCAGUGUGUGUGAACUUUAUCAAAGGAGAGUAGAUGUGGUGAAAUGUCUAUGUAGAGCUGGAAGUAAACUUGAAACAACAUGUGCAAUAAAUAAAGAGCCAAUGACAGCAUUAUCAAUGGCAGUAAAAGCUUACAAUCUGCCCACUGCUGUGGUUUUACUGAAACAUGGGGCCAAAUGGGAUGAAAAUUGCCACAAGGCAUUAGUAGAAGCUUCUAAAUACCUCGGUCAACAUGAUACCAUAAGUUCUCCAAACCUGUUUAUAUUGAAAUUUUAUAUUCCAAAGAUAUUAAGGCUUCUUCAGCAUAGGCAUUGUACCAAGUUUCAGAGGGAAACAGACACGGUAUUUACUGUUCCAGAUCUCCGAGACGCUUGUAGACAGGUUAUACGUCAGAGAUUAAAACAAUAUACAGAAUCAAACUUGGUAGAUAGUUUUUCAAUUUUACCACAUAUUCCGUCCUUAAAUGUGCCUGUAUUGUUAAAGGAUUAUCUUUGUUAUAAAGAAAUACAUGAAGAUGAUUAUGCUAAUUUAAAUACAUGACAAAAAUUGUA